GAGCUGCGUGGGGAAGGUCAAUGUGUAGACAUGGCGGCUUCCUCGGGAAGGGUGGUUACAGUGUUGCAGGCAUAUAAGGCUUUUAGCAGAAUAACAAAACAUAAUGAACGUUUCUUGUCUACGUCAGUGUGGCGCCAUGGCUCCGCCGGAGGAGAGAGUCCGCAGCCUCCUAAAUUCACGCCACCGUCCAAACCCGUGGUUGUGGACAAAACGAAACCGCUCGAACAGCCCCGCAAGUUUAUGAGUCCAGAAUUUAUCCCUCCGCGACAAAGAACCAAUCCCCUGAAAUUCUUCAUUGAACGGAAAGAUAUGGUUCAAAGGCGAAAAGUGCUCAACGUUCCAGAAUUUUACGUUGGAAGCAUCCUAGCUGUGACCAUGUCAGACCCAUACGCCAAUGGAAAAAGCAACCGUUUUGUAGGAAUCUGCAUCCAAAGGUCUGGGUCAGGACUUGGGGCUACCUUCAUCCUGAGGAAUAUUAUUGAAGGCCAAGGGGUGGAAAUCUGCUACGAGCUGUAUAGCCCUCGUAUACAACAGAUAGAAGUAUUGAAACUGGAGAAGAGGCUGGAUGAUAAUUUAAUGUACCUACGAGAUGCUUUGCCUUCCUACAGCACAGUGGAUUUCAACAUGAAGCCAAUCCCAUACUCAGUCAGUGGGGAAGUGCCUGUCAAUAAGCUGAAAGUGAAAAUGAAACCCAAGCCUUGGUCCAAGCGGUGGGAACACCCCAAGUUCAGCAUCCAGGGCAUUCAUUUUGAACUGAGCCCCACUGAUGCGGAGAGGAAGGAGGCCCAAAUACAAGGUCAAUCUUGGCGCCAGUAUGACAUGUUGAAGGAGUACGACACCACUGAGCUGGAGGAGAGCAUCUGGAAGGAGCUGCAGGAGGAGAGGAGAAAGUGAAACUGAACCAUGGAGAAAUCCUUGCUACCAUAUUUGGAAGGAUUUUGGGCGCAACAGCAAAAAGACCUUCACAUAUUGACAAAAGCUUGGUGUCUUCAAUCCUUGUUCCUUCAACUGAGCUGCUUCACAAAUUGCCAGCAUAUUCCAACCCCCAAGAGAAUCAUACCAGUUAGCUAGACUGAAGAUGGUGCAAAUGUCAUAAUCCUCUUUAGUUCAGUUUAAUAAAGUUUUGUUUUUUCUUUU